AUGGGAUCGGAGUUUCUUGACAUUCCAUGUCGGUCAUCUUCACCAAUCCCUGUUAAGGAAACUCUUCUUUUAGCGGAGCUGUGGAGUCGAAGAUGCUUGGAGGAGGAAACCAUAAUCAAUUUUGAUGUUAUAGCGAUAAAAUAUUUAAUGCAAGUGAAGGAAAUUAAUUUGGGUUUCGAGGUAUCGAUUUCUCACCAUUUCUAUCAUGUUGAGAUGGAUUUUACAGUGGUGAGUUAUGAUGUUGAAACUGUCUCGAAUUUCCUUAGCAUGAGUGAAAAAUCAUCAACAUUUGAUUUGUCAACAGUGAAGGAUGUAUAUCGGCGUCGAAAUGCAACUAAGAUGAAAAGAAGAUACAACGAUUUAGAUCCUUAUCAGAAGCAAGUGUAUUGUGCUAAAAAAAAUAAACAUCGCAAGGGACAAAUAUGGGCGUUGCAUGUCUUGAUACCGAUGAAGUUUCAUCUGGACCUGAAGAGCAUGACCACAUGGAAGAAAGUCUACCAUAAAUGCAAAUGUCACGGCGGUUGGGAAUAUAAGUGUCAAAGAUGGGGAGAGUGGGAUUCUUUCUCAAUAUGCGAUUUCUCGAUGUAUAUUUACUUCUACAAAAAGGAGGUCCCACAGAUAAAUACAAAGCUGGUGCAGUGGGGGAGAACUGAGAAGUACAAGCUUAUACUUGCAAUGAUGAUUUGUGAUCAGUUCCAUCUUUCAAGGUUUGAAGCAAGAUACACAAUUAAUCUUGAAUUUCGUUUGGUGCUUUUGGUGACACUCAAGUCAACACAUUAUAAAAGCAACUCAUAA